AUGAGCGAGACAUUAUAUUUCGACUUGAUGGGAAUCACCCCCCGCGGACACUUCGACACAGCUUACGACAAGAUCGGCCCGUAUUUUGCCUCAGCAAAUAUUGCUUACAAAGAUCUAGAGGUCACGGCCGUCACUAAUGAUUUUGGAUACUCAACAAUGGUACAGCAUUAUUGGGGUAAGACAAGUGAUGGAAACGAAUUCGAUUUCACGUACCGGGUCACGGCCAUGUUUCGCAGGAUAGGCGGGAAAUUCAAGUGGAUACAUGAGCAUCUUUCCUUUCCCGUCGAUAUUGCUAGCAGAAAGGCCGACUUCAGCAGUGAGCUUGAUGCGAUGAAGUCGCUAUAUGUGCAAAGGUAG